GCCGCCUUAACCUCGCGAGCGCAGCGGCCGCCGGAGCAGCUCCCGCGGCGGAGCCGGGGCCGGGGACGGAUGGUCAGAGGAGGCCGCCAGCAGCAGCCGCGGACUCGCCUGCCCUCCAGACUAACUGGCACAGUGGAGAAACCAUCACGAAAACGGAAAAGCAGGACUGAAUUUGCUCUUAAAGAAAUCAUGUCCUCUGGAGGAGCUGAAGAUGAUAUCCCACAGGGAGAGAGAAAAACAGUCACCGAUUUUUGUUACCUACUGGAUAAAUCUAAGCAACUAUUCAAUGGGUUAAGAGAUUUGCCACAGUAUGGACAAAAGCAGUGGCAAUCUUAUUUUGGGCGAACUUUUGAUGUCUACACAAAACUCUGGAAAUUCCAACAGCAGCAUCGUCAAGUCUUGGAUAAUCGGUAUGGCUUGAAGCGGUGGCAGAUAGGGGAAAUUGCUUCCAAGAUUGGACAACUUUACUACCAUUAUUACCUGCGUACAUCUGAGACCAGCUAUCUGAAUGAGGCCUUUUCCUUCUACUCUGCAAUCAGACAGAGAUCUUAUUACUCUCAAGUCAGUAAAGAGGACAGACCCGAAUUGGUGGUUAAGAAACUACGGUACUAUGCAAGAUUUAUAGUGGUUUGCCUUCUCCUCAAUAAAAUGGAUGUUGUUAAGGAUCUGGUCAAGGAACUGUCAGAUGAAAUUGAAGAUUACACUCAUCGCUUUAAUACUGAAGAUCAGGUGGAAUGGAACUUGGUACUUCAGGAGGUUGCAGCUUUUAUUGAGGCAGAUCCAGUCAUGGUUUUAAAUGAUGACAAUACCAUUGUUAUCACAUCUAACCGAUUGGCUGAAGCAGGGGCCCCCUUAUUGGAGCAAGGAAUGAUCGUAGGACAGUUGACUCUGGCUGAUGCACUCAUUAUUGGCAACUGUAAUAAUCAGGUGAAGUUCAGUGAACUAACUGUUGACAUGUUCCGGAUGUUGCAGGCCUUAGAACGAGAGCCAAUGAAUUUAGCUUCACAGAUGAACAAACCUGGAAUGCAGGAAUCUGCUGACAAACCUGCCCGGCGAGAAAACCCUCAUAAAUAUUUGCUGUACAAACCAACCUUUAGCCAGCUAUAUACAUUUUUAGCAGCUUCUUUUAAGGAGCUGCCAGCCAACAGUGUGCUCCUGAUUUACCUGUCAGCCACUGGAGUUUUUCCCACAGGUCGUUCUGAUAGUGAAGGUCCAUAUGAUUUUGGAGGAGUACUCACUAAUAGUAAUAGAGAUAUCAUAAAUGGAGAUGCCAUCCAUAAACGAAAUCAAACUCAUAAAGAAAUGCAUUGCCUUCAUCCUGGAGAUCUUUAUCCUUUCACCAGAAAACCCCUGUUCAUCAUUGUGGACUCAUCUAAUAGUGUUGCAUAUAAGAAUUUCACAAACUUAUUUGGACAGCCUCUAGUCUGCUUGCUUUCUCCAACAACAUAUCCAAAAGCAUUACAAGAUCAGUCUCAACGUGGUAGCCUUUUCACUCUCUUUCUGAACAAUCCUCUAAUGGCUUUCCUAUUUGUCUCUGGAUUAUCAAGUAUGCGUAGAAGUCUAUGGGAAAAAUGUCAAGAAUACCUUCGAAAAAUCAAUCGGGAUAUUGCCCAACUGCUGACUCACUCACGUUCCAUAGAUCAAGCUUUUCUCCAGUUUUUCGGAGAUGAAUUUCUUCGCUUACUUCUUACCAGAUUUGUCUUCUGCUCAGCUACCAUGAGGAUGCACAAAAUUUUUCGGCAGGAAACUCGAAAUUAUCCAGAAACAUAUCCUCAGCUGCCAAGGGAUGAAACAGUUGAAAAUCCUCAUCUUCAGAAGCACAUUUUGGAGCUGGCGUCCAUCCUGGAUGUGCGAAAUGUUUUCUUUGAGAAUACUAUAGAUGACUAUUAAUUGAACUCUUGUUGAAACUGUGUUUCAUUAGCCACAAAUUUUAAAUGGUGCAGUUUUUUAAUGUGAUGAUACAUAGUGGCAUUAAAUUUUUAUUUUUAAAUUUAGGACCACCAUUUUACAGACAACUCAAAAUAAUAUUCUUCUGACAGAUAGGGUAAUUUUUGUAAUUCAAUCUUUGCGAUCUUUUAAAAGCUAGAAUAACCCUGAAAAUUUUUGUUGUUGUUGUUGUUGUUGUUUUGUUGUCAUUUAGAAGUUGAAGAGUCCCAGCUUCAACAACUGGUCCUAAAUUCAAACACGUAAUCAGUAACCACUCUCACCCAGAGAAGAAUAAAUCAUUUAUUUUUGUAUAAUGAGAAAAUUCUAACAGUGAUAUUUUAUCCUGUAAAGUCUGGAUUUGGAAAAAUGUAGAAUUGUUCACAAAGAUGAACCAAAUCAACUUAGACCAAUACUAGGAAAAACAAAAGCAUAGCCCUUCCAUAACACUUGUUUUCAUUCAAUAUCAUUGUUUAAACAGGGAAAAAAGACUGAUUCUUUGAAUCGAUAUAAUUUGUCUCCUUUCAUCAUUUAUAUUCUUCAAAUUUUACCAGAUUUUUUGAUCUUAUGGAGAAGGAUUUGCUGCUUUGAAUUUUUCUUGAAAAUUUGAAGUGGAACAUGACAAUGUGUUAGUUAUAUGUAGCUUUUUCUUUCACUACAUGUAUGUGUCUUAUUUUCUCUUUUCCAUAUUGCCAAUCAUUUGAAAACCACAUCUCAAAUAGUGAAGUCUGAAGAACAAACCCUCUCUGGCAAAAUGUCAUGAUGUCAUGGUUAUUGGCUCUACAGUACAUUGACGCCAGCGGAAAAAAUGUGAAUAUAACUCUAUCUAGCAGGACCAAAUUUGUAAACUGAGUUUAUAUCUGUGACUUCUCUAGGCACCAGGAUGCAAGCAGAAAAAGAAUGAAGUUUUAAUUUUGCCUGUGCCCAGCUCUAAAUCUGUAUAGUUUGAAAUGUAGGGCUGUCAUUACUUUUGAAUAUAAGAAAGAAGGGAGAAAAACCUGAUAAGAGAAAAUUAAUAUUGAAUAAAAUAGGGGACCUUUUGUAUCUGCACGCACACUUUUUUGUGGGGGCUAGGGAGGGUUGCUAGAGAGGGUUUUGUUUCUUUCUGUUUUCUAUUCAUUAUUCUAUUAGCACCAGCAAGGAAUCAACCUUUUUUCCCCUCAUUAGAGUUAGUUAUACAGGAUUGUAUUCUUUUAAAUGUAUUAUAUUAUAAAUCUAAAGCAUAUAACAGAAAAUUGAUUAGACAUAAUGCCCAUUAAUAUCAUCUGGAUAGACCUAUGUGCUGUCUCCCUCAGCCUACAACAAAUCAAGUGAUUACUUUUGUUAUUUAUACCCUAUUUUGUUUAUUCAGGCCCUUGCUCUUACUCACCUUGUUUAGAGCCAUGCCACAGUUUGUUUGUGUUAAUCUAUUUUAUGUUACUCAGAAAGUAAAUCUAAUUUGCCAGUUUCUUCUCUGAAAUAUUGAAGGAUUAGGUAAUAGUUGUAAACUUUAGCAUUUUAAAAUAUACAAAAUGAAUUAUUUUGAAGAAAGAAUUCAGUGUUUAGUGGAUCUCUUUUCCUUCUCAGAUAAGGAUGAUUUUUUUGAGUAACUGAUUCCCUUUUGUAAUGCUUUUUGCCUGACACUGAGAACUUAGAAACAGAAUGGCAUUGGUCCCUUGAACUCAAGUCAGGGAUUAUUAAAAAAUAAACAAACUUUAAGAUACAGAUGUCCUUAAUACAUUUCCCAUUUUGGCAAAGUUUGAAAGACAGCUUACCCAAAGCAGCAUUCUAAUUGUGUUGUGUACAUGAAGAACACUAUUCUCAAAGCCAGGAGCCUGGACUUCCAGGAUCAUGCCUUUGGUUAACUAGGCAAAAAAUAAAAUCUGAUUUGAACCUCAGAAGUCAUUUAGUCCAACCCAUGCCUGAAAAUGAAUUUUCUCUACAAUUUCUCCAACAAGUAGUGAUUUGAUCUUCACUUGAAUACCUCUGGUGACACUGAACCAACUACCUCCUGAGGCAACUCAUCCUACUUUUGGACUGCUCAUACUAUUAGAAAGUGUUCCUUUAUGUAAAGCCUAAAUUUGUCUUUAUAACUUCCAUUUAAUGCUCCUAUUUAUGCCUUGGAGAAUUGGGCAGAACAAAACUAAAUCCUUGAGCCUGGCCAUCAGUUCUCCUUCAGAAGUCUCUUCUCCUAGCUAAAUAUCACUUAUAUCUUUUCUGGCAUGUUUUGACGUCUUCUCACCAUUCCAUUUACCCUCCUCUGUCUAUAUUCCAAUUUGUCAAUAUCCUUCAUAAAAUGUGGUACCUGGAACUAAAUACAUGCAUACUGACAAGGACAGAGUACAUCAUUCUGUAUACUGUGUUUUUUUGGUAAAUACAAUCCAGAGACUGCAGCAUUUGUUUUUGGUUGCCAUAUCAUUCAGUUGAUUCAUACUGAGCUUUAGUCAUUUCUACCUGGUCUUAGUUUUCUUUUUUAAAAUGAAGUUGUACUAGGUGCUCCCUGAGGUCUCUUUCAGUACUAUAAUUCUAAGACAGUUACUUAUUUCAAAAAGAGAAUGAUGUUCUGAGCAAAUACUUGUAAUUUAAAUGCAUAAAUACUACCUUUCAUGCUCUAGAAGCAGUCCAUGCCCCUGUUAAUGCUAGAAAUCUUCAACCAGGGUCAAUAACCAAGCAAUAAUGACUGCUUACCUAAGCAUGUUUAUUCUAACAAAGAUUGAUGCACAAUUUUGCUCCUUGGGUUAAAAUACAUUUUGCUGUUUUGUAGCGGUUUUCUCUUGGUAAUAGUUGAUCUCUAAAUGGAUAUUGAGAGGAAUCAUGAAAUGAAUAGAAACAUUCUAAAAACUAUAAAAUCAGGGCUCCGCAAAAUAAAUUUUAAGCACAAUAGUUUUAUCACUACUAAUUUUCAUAAUAACUAUAAUAAUAAUGAUAUUUGUAUGGUGUUUUCAAUUAAUUGAUAAUAAUACUUUCUCCUUAUAACUUUAAGGCAAAUAAGAUAUGUAUUAUUCCUGUUUUUCCAGGUAAAGAAACUGUAUCCCAGAGUCUUUGAUACUCAUUUAAAAUCAUAUGUUUAGUGCUGGAGCCAGAUCCAGAAUCAAGGAAAUUUUAACUAUCACCUCAGCAGUUUUUUCCACUACACUAUACACUUCUAUAGAGUCUUUUUGGGAAUUUUUUUUUUUUUUAGCAUUUUUAGCUGUGGCACUUGCUUUAGAACUUGUGUAGUGUUUUUUGUUUGUUUGUUUUGGUCAAAUUGCACAAAACACUGAUUCAAAAACAGUUGUGAGAAAUUGAGAAACUGAAGAUUCAGCACACAUAUGCAAGUUAUUUAUUUAUUUAUUUUUCUCUUAGGAGUGAGGUGACAUACUUAAAAUUGCAUGAAUUUAUUUUUAGCAGGGCAAGAUUCGUUUUUGAAGUGUAUUUCCUAAAAAGAUAGGAGCUUGACAUUAAAAACUGAAAAAAGCAUUAGCACAUUUAACCUUUUUUGUACCUUCCAUAAGUUUUACCAAGCUGAAACAUUUUAGAGUCUAUCGAUGUAAAAUACCUAAGUCCCAGCCAAUUUCUCUCUCAUAGGAUUCAUUUCUCAUUUUUUUUUCUUAUGUUUUAAUUCCCUGAAAUAGAUAAGAAUUAUAUUGUAUUUGUGUAGCACAAAUGGAAAGAGCACAUCUAAUUUGGAGUGGGUCCUGUGGAUAGAUCAGUAAUCACACUUUCUCAACCAGUUCCUUUCUGUCAUAUAUCUGUCCCUGCCAGUUAACCCUGCUUACUGUGAGUUAAUUAUUUUCUGUGUGAUUGAUUGCCUUUAAGAGGGCAUUAGAUUGUGUUGACAAUUCUUUGUGGGAGAACUGGCACCAAAGUUGCAUGCAGCUAAUCCUGAUCAGAAUGAGAUGUGUUCCAUUCUAUUCAACAGAAAUUUAUAAACACCACUCUGUGUAAUCCUACUCAGUUCCAGGAUUUGAAAGCAUACUAAAUGUGAUAACUGGAUUUGUGGGACACUUCUUUUUAGCUGGUUCAUGCUGUUGCUCCAGUAACAGACUUAGAUAAACCCAAUUUAUUUUGACUUUGAUAUGAAUGAUUCUAGGGCUUUCCUAUUAGUUGAUUAUGGCAUGUUGAGUGGGUUUAUAUAUGCUUGUAUGUGUGUAUGUGCAUUCACGUGUUGGGAAAGUAUGCAGUAUCCUUUUGAGGGACUGUGAUUCUAUAGUUGCCAUUAUUUAUUUUAAAUCUUUUUCCUUGUAAUGAUAUAUACGUAUAUAUAUUUUUGUGAUGCUUGAUGCAAUCUUGUGUGUGUACAUGUAUGUAUAUGUGUAUAUAUUUGUAAAUAUAUUGGUAUGAAGUGAUACAGUAUGUGUAUAUUAUAUACCACAUAGCUCUUGUGGCAUGAAUCUAUUUUUGUUCAUUGAGGACGUCAGAAUGGCAUCAUUCAUGCUGUGCUUAUAAAGGUGGUGGCUGUAAUCCUUCAAGAGCCUCUAUUUUGAGGGGCUCAUGUUUGGGUCAAUAAUUGGAAAUUAAAAUUAGGACCAGACAAUCUCAGCAAAAGAGCCCUUCUUUCACAUUUUGCAAAUAAUCAGGAAUUCUCAUUUAAGUUUUUGAUAAAUUUGUGAAAUAUAUCUGGAGACUGGGUAUCUGAAAUGAUUCACAUCUUAAAUGAGGGCACUUGCUGGUACUGUAUUAGUCUCUUAUUUCCUGAUCUGAAGUGGGGUAAUUUGUACUUAGUGGACACCCAUUAGGAACUUUAUUAUGGGAGUGUGGAUAACAUUUGAUUUAUCAUAAACCAAGAUGAUUAGAUGAAUAUGAAAGAUCACUUGUUCUUUUAAAAAGGAAAAUUAUUUCCCAACUGCACUGAAACCUGAUACUGGAUUUAAUUUUUUUUCUUUUUUCCUGUGCUUUGUUUUUAUCUGUGUGCAUUUUGGUGAGGCAGGGAAAAGGACAUUUGCUAUUUUCUGACUUCUGCUCUCGGGGCAGACCUAGGAAAAAGUGCUUAAGGUAGGUGAGCUACAAUUUCACCAGUUUCUGCUUGUUCUGCUGUACCUACAGCAAUUGUGGAUAUACCCAUCUUGAAAUUUUUCAUUGUAGAUCCUUCUGAAUAGAUCAAAAAUAGCAAUUGGAUAUCAUUUAAAUUAGUGUUAGGUGUGUUUAGAUUAAACAAUGCCAGUCUCCAAUAAUUAGAAAGAAAUAGUGUAAAAAUUGGUUUCUCUGUGAAACCAUUUCGUGCCUUCAUUUGGAUAACUUGAGAACUAAAAUUGGGUCCCCUAAUGUUAGGUAUAUAAUAUACCGUAUUUUGCUGUUGAUAACCAUCCAAAACUGAAGAGGAAAAAAAAAAAAUAACUGGACUCCAGCAAGAAUAAUGGAUAGCUUUGUGAUCUUAAUGCCCAUUUUAGACCUUGGAAUAUAAUUGAUCAUGCAAUUUUGAAUGAUUUGGAAGAUACCACCAUCUUUAGACAGCAUGUAUAUUUGCAUGGAAUAGUUCAAGAGAUGCUCAGUAUUUGCUUUGCAUUUGAGGUGCUUUCAUUAUAGAAAUUUAGAUUAGUUGUAAUUUUUACAAACUGAAACAUCAACCAAUUCCCUUUUAUUGAUUGAAAAAAAAAUUUAUUUCCCAAAUUGUUAGUUAUUGUUGUUGUUGUUUGGUUGGUUUUUGGUUUUUUUUGACUGUGCUAACAGGCAAAAUUUGUAAUAUUUUCAGUUACAAAAUAUAAUUGAAAGUGAUGGUUCAAAUACUUAGCAGUUUUUUGUUCUUAAUAAAGGAAUUUUAGAAUUUCACAUACCUGCAAAUUAAUGCAAGUAUUUAAUUCAUAUUUUGUUUCUGUAAGAAAAAGUAAGACAUUGCAAUUGAAUACCAAAAAAGUGAGGGAUAUUUUAUUUAGUUUAAUGAAAAUGAUUUGCCUUCAAUAUGGAUUUUCUUUUGAGAACAGUAGCUACAAAAAGUACUGGGUAGAUAAGCUGAUAAUUCCUAUUGUGAUAUAUUCCUUUGGCCCAAAAGUUGGAAAGUUAGUUCUUAUUUUUUGCAUUUAAUAGAGCACAGAUUUGAAAUCCAUACCCUAGGAAAACAAGUCUUUCCUUCCUUAUAGUUUUCUGUACUUUUAUAAAUUAGUACUUCGUAAAUGAAGGUGCUGCCUCCCCAAUUUUCUCUGAAAUACUGAUUUUUCUUUCCUUUUUACUAGUUCUUGCAGUUGAGUUAAAAAUCUGAAAAUCAUAAUGUCUCAUUGUGCUCUCUUUAGGGUUUGUAUACAUAAAACUAUUGUAGAAUGGGGAAAGCAGUAUAUGUGCAUGGACAUGUGUGUAUGUAAAUAAAAUCAGUCGUCUACUCAAUAGCAAGGAAGAGAGUAUUAAGAAAAAGUGUGGAGAAAAUACCUUUAGGAAAAUAAAAAUGUUUUAAAUUAAGUGGGACUGAUUUUCUGCAGCAUUGAAACAUUUUAUUUGAAACUGUAUAUAUGAAACAUGUUUAUGCUUUUGAUUAUUGAUUUUAUUUUUCAUUUCUAAAUUGCUGAUUUUUUUUAGUGUUUCCAUUUCUACUUGACAAUGUUACUUGAACACUUGAUUGAAAUAUUUUUAAAUUUCACAUAAUGUCUUGUUUUAUUUUAUCAGUUUGAUAAGCAAAGACAUUUUUUAAAACAUAAAAUGUUUGCAUAGUAGAUUCUUCUUUUUCCUUUAAAGUUAUUUUUGGUCUGCCAACUAAUUUUCAGUUGUGAAUUUUUUCUUCAUUUACUGGACAUGGUUGAUAUCCUAAAAUCAGUAACCACUUACAUACAAAGAGUAAAAAGCACUGGGGAUUUCUGGGUCCAGUAUCAUAAAUAAAAUAUAUAACUAGGCUCCUUACUAUACUAUUGGGAGGGCGGCUAAAGCAGUUGGAGUUAAGUGACUUGCCCAUUCUUGUCCAUUUACUAGCCACACUAACUAGUAAAAAGGACUAUAGUUGGAUUUGAACUCAGGUUUUUCUAAUUCUUUAUUCACUCAAUCCUCAUCCACUGCACCACCUACCUACCCCAUGAUAUUAUACCAUUUUCAAACUAACUUUAGAGAAUUUAUGAAGAAAAAACUUAGAUCUUAUUCCUGGAAGUGAGAUCUUAAAACUGUUAGUUUUUUUCACCUAAUUUCCAUUUGCUUUUAGGACUAUUCUGAAUCCUCUCCUUCCCCAGUAUUUGAAAAUUUAAGAAAUGCCAAUGCUAUGUUCUAUAUUUUUUAAACCUUCUUGAACAUUAUGAUACAAAGGCUAGCAUUUAAGAAUGGAAGUUGAUAACCCCAGGAGAGAGAAUUCUGAAUAGAAAAGAUCAUUUUGUUAAAACAAAUAAAUUUACCCAAUAUAUCCUCCAUCUUUUCUUCCUUUAAAACAUAUUAAAGAAAUUGCAAAAAGAUAGCCUAAUAAGUUCCUUUUAGGCUGUUUUGGGUGAGAAGCAAUCCCUGAGACUAGGUUAGCAAGAAAAGAGGAUUUUUCUUUUUCUUUUUCAUGAUUCAUGAUUAAAAACUAUUUCUUAUUUUGUCAGUAUGUAGAAUUGUUUAUUUAUGUUUCUAAAGUAAUAUUUUAGGACUUUCAUGGCUUUUUACACUGACCUGAAUGCAUUCUUUAUAGAGUCAUUUAAACUCUCAUUCCUGGUUCUAUGAGUGCUUUCUGUUUCCACAGAACUUACCAUUGGUCAAUAAACAUUCUGAAGAGAAAGAAUAACUUACAUUUCUACUUUUAAUACUCGGAGAUGUAUGAAACAGUUCCUUACAACAAGUCUAUGAAAUAAAGAAUGUAGUUAUUAAGCCCAUUUUACAUAUGAGGAAAUGGAUCACAAAUUUUGAAAAUUGUUAUCGAGAUAGAAAGACCUUAAGUAAUGGGGAACAUAAAUUCUGAACACUUUUUUUUUCACCAUUUAUUUCACCAUAUUAGGGAGCUCCCUUAGGGCACCUUCCAUAUAAGUGCAGAUGAGCAUUUGUUUUGCAAUUUAUACUCUUAAGGAGUGACUGACAGCAAUGAAAAGUUAAGCAACUGGCCCAGGGUUACUGAAAAUAUUUGAGACAGUUCUUGAACCCAACCUUUGCUCACUCCUAAGUCCAGCUCUUAUCCACCUUGCCAGUUUUCUCUCAGUAUUUAUAUUUCAGUUGGCAAGAUGACAUUGAAAUAUGCUGUCACAUGUAUUUGGGUUAUCUACCUUCAUCUUGAUGAUUGGGCCUAAUCAAUUCUCUAGAACCUAAUGUUUACAGGAACCAGCAAUAGCCUAACCUAUUGAGGACAGUAAGUGCAGGCUGUUGAUAAUCAUCCCUUAUAUUUGCGUAAAUAGAGCAAAUAUCCAUCUUUUUAAGGUAAAAGAAACAAAGUCAGAGACAUUGGGACUUUGUCUAAGACCACAAAUGUAAUAAAUGACAGAACAAAGGAUUAAAACAUGGGUCAUUUGACUCUAUCUUUAGUGUUCUUCAUAGUACACCAGAGUCUACAUGGAAUAAUUGAGAUUUUACCUCAUUCAUGUAAAACUCAUUAAACCUCAAGAUAGCCAUGUAAUAACUAAAAAUAUAGUUGCAUCUGUUUUUCAUGGAAAUUAUUGUAAACUUUUUUCCUCAUACUGUGGUUAUUAGAAAUUAAUACUUUUUUGUUUAUAAACAUAGUUAUAUUUGGAAAUCAUGAUAACUUGAUUUCCUAGUGAUAUAAUUUUUUUUUUUACUGUGGCAAAUACUUGUCUAUAACUGAAAUGUUUCUGAAUUGUGGAACAAGUUAUAAGGAUUAUAUACCUGUAUAUCUUUUAGGAGCUCUCCAGAAGAGACUGAAGCACAAAAAAUUUUACAUGUUUCAAUCCUUUUUUAAGUGCUGCAAGUCUGUAGUGCAUAUGAUGUAACUGUAAGUGUAAGAACCUACUUAGCAUUCUCAGUCUCUGUAAUCUUUGAUACAUUGUCUUGUUUGCCCAUUUGUGUUAAAACUUUAAGGAAUCAUGUAUUUUUAAAAAUGACUUGAAAAAUCAAGCCCAUUAACUUAGUCUUAUCAGGUGGCAGUUAUCUGGAUUCAUUCAUUUCACAAUGUGUUGUCAGAUUCAAUUUUGAGGAAAUAUUGCUACCAAUAACUAAGAAAAUGUUGCUUUGUCAGUACUAUAGAUUUGACAUAAAAAUCUGAUAUCUUACAUUUGUGAUAUUGUAUAGGCCUUGUAUGUUGAAGCAUCUCAGUUGCUUAAGCCAUACACUUAACAAAUGUUUCCAGUUUGUUUCAUCCCAUUAGAUAAACUUUUCCAGUUCUUAAAUCUGUUACUAUUGCUAUUUCAUAGUCUGUGCUUCAUUCCUUUCACCCUUGUACUUCAGUAAAUGAACUCAAAAGUAAAAAAAAAUAAAAAUAAAAAAAAAUAACACUGUGAUUCUGCAGAGCUAAUGGCAGCAGGACCAUGUCUUUCCUGGAUUUUGUUCUUUUGAAAAGCAUCUAUCACAUUCAAGGUGCUUUUAAAAAAGCUAAGUUUCGUACUGUUUAUAUUGCAUUGAAAAACAAGAUUAUGGAGGGUUUGAUUUUUGCUGUCAGUGUAUUAAAGCUAUUUUCUCAUUGAUAAAUGUUCUCUAGGAAUGUGACUACCUUCAUCAUUUGUGAACUAUUAUUGUACAUGAAUUUUGUAUCUGGAAUCCACACGUAUAUUAUGUGUACUAUCAAUAUAAAAAUAAACAUAUUUGCUUAAA